CUCGCAUGGAACCGGUUAUUCUAACCAUAGGGAACCAGCGACAACAUCACCACCUGUUCACUGCAACCUUAGUUACUCCUUAUACCACUCCAAUCUACCCGUCCCCGAACUUACUGUCACUUGUCUACAUGUGCUACUUUGGAAAAUAGACCUACUCUAAUGUCCGAAAGGCUAUCCCGCCCGUCCAGUUCGCACUUGGAGCCCCCAAGCAAAAGCGUAGAGUUGGUGGACUCCGGGGCACGAGACUCCGCUACAAAUAGUGACGAUGAUCAUUUCUCAGAUGCCAGUGAAGGCCAUGAACGUGCCCAUUCGCGCUCGGCGUCCGGUCGCACAUCUCCUGUUCCACUGACUCGGGUGGAGAAGGUUGACGAUACUCCUUCACACGGUGACGUUCCUGGAACUCCGGCAUACGAGCUAAGGGGACAUGAUGCAGUUCCCGAUGAGAUUGAGAUUAUUCCGGAUGGGUCACGCAGUAGAAGCUCCUCGACUGUGGGGCGACCGCAGCGCCCUUUGACCCCGGAAGGUUCACCAAUUCCUCGGACAAUAGUUGAGAAAGUCGAUGCGGACCAACCAAGUCAUGGAGAGAUACCUGGUACCGAAGCGUAUGAGAAGCGCAAGGCUGAUGCGGUUCCCGAUAUUGUAACGACAGCCUCGAAUUCGGAUGCGAAGUCACCGUCGCACAGCCCGGAAUUAAAUGAGCGGGGUCUAAACGAGGGAAUCUCUACGGAUACAGAUAUUCCCGAGACAGUCCUCCAACGAGUAGAUACUCUGCCGAAUGAGGAUACAGGAUCAAGUCCACGAGCACAUCAAAGGCGGCCGAGCGAUGCAUUGCCCGACGUAACAGAAACUAUUUUAGAUGGCCCAGAUGCACCGUCACCGUUGCAAGAUAGCCCCCCGCAUCAGAGUCAUGACGAGCAGGAAUCACCUGUGACCGGCGACGAAGGCGCAAACCAGACGGCUGCAGAUGACUUUGAUGAUUUUGCGGAGGAACAAGACAUGGAAGAAGAUGACUUCGGUGAUUUUGACGAUUUCGAUGAUGGUUUCCAAGAGCCCAGUACAGAGGUUGCUGAUGAGGAACUCGUGGUCCAAACACCUCAACUUCAUACUCCACCUACGGUUCCGCCCCUUGUGGAUUUCGAUUCCUGUCAAUCACUUCCUGAUGUCUUUGCUGCCCUUGACGAACCUCUUGAUCGUCUCUUUCCCGCUUCCAAGGAGGUUUCAUCACUCCCUCCGAUAGAACCACUUCAAAACAACUCAGCUAUCUUCAACACUGAACGCUCUUUGUCAUUAUGGUCUCAGCUGGUUGCGCCUCCGCCACUACAGCCCCAGAAUUGGGUAAAAUCUCGCAUCCGUCGUCUCUUUCUAGUCUCGCUAGGAGUACCUGUCGAUCUCGACGAGAUCUUACCAGCUUCGAAACAAAAGAAACUUGUUUUGCCAUCAAUUAACCCCGGUAACCCCGACGCUACUUCAGGGACUCAUUCCCGCUCGGGAAGUCAAGUCAGAAAAGACGACGUUCAAAGCGGUGCUAACAGUCCGUCGACGUCUGGCCCACCUCGGAAUAGAGCUUCAUGGCGGCGCGAACCGUCUCCACCUCCCCAACUAGACCUCCCAGCCGUCCGACGCCUAUGCUCCACGACAGACGCAGCCCUAGACGGACUCACGGAUGGCGAAUUACAAGGUCACGUAAAAGAGCUGGAAAAUGUUACACUCCGCGCCAGUUCUGUCCUCGAAUACUGGCUGAAACGACGAGACGGCCUAAUAAGUGAGAAAGAAGCCUUUGAGGGCGUGAUUGAGAACCUUGUCAAUCACGCCAGGCGUGUGAGAAAAUAAUGUAUAGCAUAAUGAAUCUCCUUUCCCCUUUUAUUCCUCUAUCGAUUCCCCCAUCACCCCUCGCUGUCUCGACUUGGCCUGUUUGAUUCUGGAUCUGAGAUCCCCUUCUCUUCAUUACUUUAUUAAUACUUCUUGUGUCGGUGGGGUCUGGACCUUGCUAUCCAUUCUUUUACUCUAGAUAUGAUCCCCGUUAGAAUGAGAUUAUAAUCUCUGUUAGAUAGAAUAGGUUAGCUAGGAUAGGUAACCUGAGAUCUAUAAUAUACAAUUCCAAUCUAUA